UAUUGAUAUCGUCUAUCGAUAAAGAAAUAGUGGCAGCGAGAGAAAAAUAAAAAUUCCGCAACAACAACACACAAAUUGAAGUGUAGUGAAGAAUUAAAUCUAAUUAUAACAAAAAACGGGCAAGCAUUAAGAGCACGCAUACACACCAACCCACGUAAACAAGGCUAGUUAAUUAGUGGAACAAAACUUGACGAUAUUUGGACACAACAACACAAUUGCAAACGGGCAGGGCAGUGCGGCGGUGACAGCGGCAGCGGCAGCGGUAGUCGCAACGACAGCGACAGCGGCAGCGGCAGGUAGUAGCCCAAACACUUGCGUCUGAGUGGGGCGCGCGCGAGGCAUGGGUUGAGGUGUAUAUGCAUAUAUAUGUGUGUGUGUGUGUGUGUGUUGUGUGUCAGUGUGUGCGGGUGUGAUGCAAAGAGCAGCAGUGACGGCAACAACAAUAAGCGGCGCAUGUAACUAAACCGAACGCCUACGUAAUGGCCAACCAACUGGAUGCCAAUGUCAAGGACGAUCUGAAAACGCAAUUUGUUACCCGAGAGGGCACCUAUCGCCUGCUCACCCUUUCCGAAUACUCGCGACCCAAUCGCGUCGGCUACAGCAACAAUCAAAGCUCGCCCCAGGUGCGCGUCUCAUUUGUAACGUUACCGAAUCCCAGCAGUAAAAACAAUAGCGAAGCGAAUGUGGCGGCACCGCAAACAGCAGCAGGAACUCCAACAACAUCGACAUCGAGUGAUAAGCGCACGCAAUUGAAUUCAAAUGGCGCAACAACAUCAACAACAACAACAACACCUGCAACACCAACAACAACGGCAACAACAACCACUAGUACAUUGAAUGGCGGCGGCGCCGGCGGCGACAGCAACUACAACGGCGGCAGCAGCAGCACCGUGGAUACCCGCCUAGGCGGCGGUAUAUCCAUGCACUCGAUGACCAAUGGCGGCGUGCUGGACCAAAACGGAUUGCCCACAAAUCAAAUCUAUGGUGGAGAUCGCAUCUGUUUCAAUUUUGGACGCGACCUCUAUGUGUAUGCGUUCCGUGGCGUUAAAAAGGGCACCGAGAUGAGCAAACCCAUCGAUAAGAAGUUCUACAAGGGCACAAAUCCCAGCUGUCACGAUUUUAAUGCCAAUGCAGCCACGCCCUCUGGUGCACCGCUGCUGGUUGGUUUCACAACGGGACAAAUACAGCUGGUAUCACCGCAGCAAGGGCCACGCGAGCUACGCAAACUAUUCAACGAAGAGCGCCUGAUUGAUAAGACCAAAGUGACCUGCCUGAAGUGGCUGCCAAAUUCGCCGCAUCUGUUUCUCGCCUCGCACGCCUCGGGACACUUGUAUCUGUAUAAUGAAGAGCUGCCCUGUGCGGCCACAGCGCCCAGCUAUCAGCCAUUUAAAGUGGGCGACGGCUAUACGAUACUCACCUGCAAGUCCAAAUCGACGCGCAAUCCUCUGUAUAAGUGGGUCUUCAGCACCGAGAACUGCUGCAUCAAUGAGCUGUGCUUCUCGCCUUGCGGGUCGAAUCUGGCGCUCGUCUCACAGGAUGGUUUCUUGCGAGUCUUUCACUAUGAUACCAUGGAAUUGCUAGGUAUUGCGCGCUCUUAUUUUGGUGGCUUCCUCUGUGUCUGUUGGUCACCCGAUGGCAAAUACAUUGUUGUUGGCGGCGAGGAUGAUCUGGUGACGGUGUGGUCGCUGCACGAGCGACGAGUUGUGGCGCGAGGCCAGGGCCAUCGUUCCUGGGUUUCUGUAGUGGCCUUCGAUCCCUAUACCACCUCCUACACGAACUGGGAUGGAGGCGAUUUCAGUGAUGAUGAAAAUCAGCUGAAUGAAUACACUGCUUCGAGGGAGGAUCGGUUCUCUGGCGAUUCAACGGCCAAUGGUGGCUUCGAGGGCUUCGAUAAAAACUCUACGCCGUUGCAUACGAAUCGAACGCGUACACACUCGGCUUCGUUUCGUUCGGAUGCCUCAUCGGCGGCGCUGGCGCCGGACAAGCUGGCCAUUAGCUAUCGCCUCGGCUCGGUUAGUCAGGAUACGCAAAUCUGCCUGUGGGAUAUCACGGAGGACGUGCUUCGGCACCCAUUGACGAUGCGCCAGCGCGUAAAUAGCACGCAGCUGAACGACAGCAGCUUCCUGAAUGGCGGCCUCGAUGCGGAUGGCAUCAAAGUGAUACGACCCGUGGCCAUGGGCCAGCCAAGCAACUUUGCCGACUCCAGCAGCUGUAGCCCUAUUAGGGAAACAGCUGGCGGUGGGGCUGCCGGUGCGACAGAGCAUAGCAAUAGCAGUUCUAGUAAAUUCUCCACGGCCAACUGCACGAUAUCCUCGCAAUCAUCCAAUGCCAACACGCCGCCAGACGAAAGCUGUGACACGGAGACGGCGACACCUGCAGCAGCUGCUGCCGCGAACACCACAUCCUCAUCCAAAGCGAACAGCCGGUCACAUGGCAAUAGCAACUCGAUCAAGUUUCCCAACUGCAUCAGUGCGACUAAGUCGGACAGCAUUGACAGCAGUGGCCCACGCGUUAGCAACUCCAAUUACUCCACAUCUGGCAAUAGCAAAAAUUCCAAUAGCUCUACCAAAUCCAAUUCCAAUGCGGGCUCCAGCAGCAGCAGCUUCAGCGCCUUCAAUAGUCUCACCCAGCGUUUGACAAAUUUCAGUUUCUUGAGUAACUCAGACAAACGCUCGUCAAGCAUUGGUUAUGACGGCAGCGGAUCGACGGCUACGAAUCAUCGACAGCAUCGCAAAGCAAUGAGCAUGCUAAAGAGCUAUAAUCAACAUAAUCACAGUAACCACAGCAACAACAACAGGAGCACUAAUAACAACAGCAGUUCCACAAGCAUCGCGCACUCGACAGCGGUGGAGUCGGGAAGUGGCGCAGCCAUUGGUAGCAGUGCAACGGCGCAUAGCUUUGGCUCACUGAAGUUAAGCAAAUCCUCGCACAACUCUUCGCUGGCCACGGCUGGACAGUCGUCGACCAGUGUGAGUAGCUAUGAUCCCAUGAAGCUCAUAGGUACGCCCGCCUGUCCCAGGUUUGAAGAGUGUCCGCUCCUGGAGCCGCUCAUUUGCAAGAAGAUUGCGCACGAGCGCCUCACGGCGCUCAUUUUUCGAGAGGAUUGCUUUUUAACGGCAUGCCAAGAUGGGUUUAUUUAUACAUGGGCGCGGCCAGGACACAGUACGCACGUUGCUCAACACAUGUCGCCCAGUCAAACAACGCCUACGGGUGGCACGGUAAUAUAGUUCGUUAAAAUGGAUGCGAUCAACUAUCAGCGUAAUCUUGUCAAGCAGCAGGAGGCGGCACAGUCGGUGAUUUAGGUUAGAGCUAGCGAUUGAUUUCAAAUUAUAUUUCCCGUUAGAAAGAGUUUUAAAUUGUUUAUCAAUAUUCCCAUAUUAUUAUUAUUAUUUUUUUUAAAUUACGUUUGUUGCACCUUUUUUUGUAUUCCAAUUUAAAAUGAACACACAUGAAA